UUGGCAUCUCCAAGCACUUGCGCUGUGGACGCACAUCUGGAGAGCGGGUUUCUUAUGAAUUUGAAAUAAACUGCUUCCUCUGGCAUCGCGAAGAGCAAAUCAUAUAAUGCAACCAGUGUUUUGAUCCGUUUGUUUUCGGGCAUGUUGACAGCAGAAUUUAUCUUAUACCUCUCAUGUGUCAUCGUCCUACAAACUACGAGGUGAACUUGUAACUCGAGCCUUCGUCGUUGGACUGAGCAGCCCGUCUACAGUCAGCAGUUCCAACAGCUGGAUGAGGACUGGAAACAUCUGCAGCGCCUGUGUGUAAAAUGAAGCAGCAGCUGAAUGACUUUGUGCCGCUUGUCCUGGAUGGAACAUCUCUGGAAUGAAGCAUCACCAGCUGCGCUCCGAUGGGACAUGAGAAGAAGACGCCUCUCCACUGAUUUAUAUCAAAUCUGCAACCGUUUAUAUUGUGCAGGAAUACCCGACAGGAUCAGACAGGAAUGAAUCAGAUGAAAAUCUCCUCUGAGGAGCUGCGCUCUCUUCCACCAAGACCUCAGAGUUUACCUGCAGCUUCCCCGAAGAGACGGUUUGUCAGGCUGGGAAGGAAGACUAGUGAUGGCUCUCAGCAGUCAGCCUCAUCCACUGGCAGUUUAUCCACCUGCAGGUCAGCCGAGGGCGUCGCCGUCCGACAGCCCAGCAAGAGCCACAUCCGUCGCCAUACCAACCGCCUCUCAGGUGUCUUUCUCCACCGGCCCACCUCCAGCUCAGGCUCCAUGGCGUUGACUGCAGGACUCAAGUCAUCACUGUCUGUCCAAGCCAGGAAGGCCAGCAUGAUCUCUGCAGAUGUUCUAAUAGUGGACGACCCAGCGGAGCUUUCCAAUCAGAUAACUGCUCCAGGAAUCCUCAAGAUCUUUGGAAAUGAAAUCUGUGAAGGAGCUCACUAUAAGAGCGUUCUGGCCACCACACACUCUAGCGCAAAAGAGCUCGUCAAGGAGGCCCUUGAACGAUAUGGCUUGGGUAAGGAAGAGGCUGAGUCCUAUGUUCUCUGUGACACCAUUGGCUCCAUUGGAAAUCUGCAGUGGAGAACAGAAGGGUUCAGAGUUGUCGGUGACAACGAGAAGCCCCUCCUCUUGCAGUCACUAUGGAAACCCAGAGAGGGUUUGGCAAGACGGUUUGAAAUCCAGAAGAGAAGUUCUGUGGAGGAGAAGACAUCCAAAGAGAAGGACACCAUCACUGCUGGCAUCAACGCCCAGGCUCGUAAGCUGCAGAAGAGCCGCUCCAGAGUGACCUCCACCCUCAUAGACAGGACUCUGGGUCGCACUCAGAAACUGUCGAGGAGCAAAAGUGAGAUGGACCUCUUAGAUACUGAGAGCAAACAGGACACGGAUCAUACUACAUGUGUCAAGGGUCGAUGCGAGAGCCUGAAUCAUGCUUCAGAGCAGUGCCCCAAAGCAGAUUUAGAACAGAAUCACAUUCACAGCCUGGCAGCUCCAUCUGAGGGGGACAGUGGUUCACGGGCCAAAACAGAGACCCUCUGUCUGUCGAGGCCGAGGGGCGAGCGUGAAGGAGAGGAGUCGGAGAGAGAGGAGACGGAGAGCAGUGACGAUAACACCACACAGUACUCCAUUCACCCUCCUCACGACUGUCCCUACCUGCUGCUGCUGCAGGGCUGGAGCCUCACACAGGACUUUGUCAUCUACCUACUUGCGGGCCCUAACAUUGCUAUUGGUCAGAAAAGCGAUCAUGAAGAUGCAUCAAAGGCUGACAUUCUUCUGUGUGCUGCUGAUAUCCUGCCAAGACACUGUUGCUUCCAUCGCUGCAGCGCCGGUGGCCCCACCAUGCUCUGCCUGUGUCAGGACGCUGUGGUCACAAGGAAUGGCGAAGUGCUGAGAAAUGACACACAACUUAGCCCGGGUGAUGUUAUUGGGUUGGGGCAACACUACCUGUUUCUUUUCAAAGAUCCCUUAGCUGUGACGCAAAAGGACAUGAAUAGUGCUGCUCCUGAUCCCAGCUUCCCUGCUACUCCGUGGACACGCGACCACACCUCCUCUCCAGUUGCAACAAGUCACACAAGACAGAUGAUCCUCUGCAACACCUGCAUCUCAACCUGCAGUAACUUCCAGAAUACAAGCAGCAAACAGCCCCCCAGCAGAGGCCCCCCAUUCCUAAGUUCCCCUGAAGGUCACAGUCUGACUCUGAACUAUGAGGCUGAGGAUCAGGAUCGUAUUGUCAAGGAGAUUUUUGCCAUGGGAAACAACAGCAGCAUCAACAACAGUCCACCGCUGACUGUUUCUUUUUUGUUGUGCAUGUGUGUUCAGUAUUCAUCAGCAUGUCUUCAAACCGCAGACCUCCGCAGACUCCUGCUGCUUAUUGCAAGUGGAGUUCAGAGUGCCAUGUGGGAGCAAACCAAGGACCUUGCUGCAGUUCAGCCUGAAGCUCUCAGUGGUGAAGGCCCACACCCAGAAUACCUAGAGGGUCUGAACGUGCAUGAGAUGAUCUCAGGACUGCGCCCCCUGGUGGCUUGGAUGUCCAACAAUCUGGAGCUGCUGCAGUUCAUUCAGUAUCAGCUGCCUCUUAUUCUAGAAUGGAGAACCCGAAAGGAGCAGGGACAGGAGGAGGAAGAGGAAGAGAGGGAAGAUGAUGAGAGCAAGGAAGCAGAGAACUUGGCCCUGCUGGAGCUUCGUCUGUCCUGUGUCCGUUCACCCAGCGAGGAGACGAUGACUGUCCUAGAGGAGGUCAUCAUGCUGGCCUUCCAGCAGUGUGUAUACUACAUUACCAAGGUCCUUUACCCAAUCCUGCCCGAACUUCUGAACUGCAAUCCAUUCAGGGAGAGUCACAAGGGGGCUGGAGAGAGUGCUCAGGUCCUGGGUGCCGGACUGCAGGUCCCAUUGGAGAUCCAGCAGGUGGUGGAGGUCCUGACCGAGAGCUGGAUGCUACUGUCGGACUGUCAGGUCCAUCACGAGAUCUCCUGUCAGCUCAUCGGCUACCUCUUCUACUUUAUCAACGCAUCACUCUUCAACUCACUAAUGGAGAGAGGCUCAGAGCCAGGCUUCUACCAGUGGUCCAGAGGCGUGCGAAUGCGGGCCAAUCUGGACUCACUCUUAGACUGGGCCCAUGCAGCUGGACUGGGGGAAGUGGCCUCCGAGCACACGCACACCCUCUCUUCUGCUAUCAAUCUGCUGGCUACACCUCGAAAGAAUUUACUGCAGACGUCUUGGGUGUCUUUGCGCUCCGACCAUCCUGCCCUGAGUCUCGCUCAGCUGAACCACCUGCUGAGUCUGUACAGUCCAGCGUCUCCCUGCAGACACAUGUGGACUCCAUCAGCACAGGACCAAACAGCAGCACACAAAACUGCUGACAUCCUGGAAAGCUUUGACACCCACCAUCCACUGGUGCUGCCUGAUGACGGUUACUGUCUCCAGCUGAGGAGGCCAGUGACAGAUUCCAGCCUGAGGAAACAGCUGGACAAGCUCAAACUGUUUAUUUCCACUCUUUCUGACUCCCAGUUAAAUGUCAAUGUUGCUGGGGAACAACAGGGUGACGACAUUCAGAUGGAGGAUAAACUGACUAUCCUUCCCAAUGCCGAUCAGGAAACUUUGACUUCACCUCCAGUUGAGGUGAUCAUAUCUCAGGCUACCGUCCAGCACUGCCUGUCCUCCUCCACUACCUCUGUUGCUUUGCCUCCAUCACCGCCAUCACCCCCUUCUCCUCUCUUCACACACUACCUGGAUGACUUCAGCUCCUGUGGCGCUGACAUUUUGUCCCAAAAGCUAAAAAAUCUAGAGCUGCAGAGCAGAGAGACUGAGAGCAGUGAGGUGAAGAGGUCGACUCUGGACCCCUCCUGUCUCCUCACCCCACCUAACACCCCACAGUUCAUAGAUCACGUAGAUCUGAUGAAGGUAGACCAGGAGAAAUGGAUGAAGGCUGACAAUGAGACACUUCCUUGUUCCUCUACAGUUGAUGCACACAAUGAAGGCGGAUUUGUGUUUGAAUGUUUGUCAGCACUGAAAGUAGACCGUCUGAAAUCAGAUUGCAGUGGUAUGAAAAGACUUGUUCAGCUAAAAGAAGAAGAGGAAGAGGAGCAGGAGGAAGAGGAGCCAGAUGACCAUUAUGAUGCCAAUAAUGAGGAGGUUUUUAGCUUGGAGCUGGAGCGAGGUGAAAGAGGACUUGGUCUUGCUCUGGUUGACACAAGGGACACUUCAUUAAAGGUGAAGGGCAUCUUCAUCCGUGCAGUCGUCCCAGACUCUCCUGCAGCACGCUGUGAGAAGCUCGUACCAGGAGACAGGAUCCUGGCUGUUAACGGAGUCAGUUUGCUUGGACUGGACUACCAGAGUGGGAAGGAGCUGAUCCAGUCUUCAGGUGCCAGACUGAGGUUACUGGUGGCCAGGUCAGCCUGGAUGGCUGAGGCCAUACGGACUGAAUGCUGACCCUGCAUUUGUUAAGAGACUAUUGAUGCACCAUCGGCACUUAAAUUUGGCUGUGAGAGCUUGUUGAACAUUCAAGUUCAGGAUAUGAAGAACAAAAAUGCACUAUGAAAUGAGCUACGUCCUGAUUGAACUGGCUACCAGGUUUUGUAUGGUCAACGUUGUUUUGCAGCUUUUUAAUUUACAUGAUAAAUGCAUGAUAGUAAUUAUUGAUGUGUAUGUGUGAAACUUUUAUCCAGUGAACAAGGUGUUUGGAAGUUUGACUCAGAUAUUUUAAACUUGCUUGGUGUGGUUGGGUCAGGGUUGGAUUCCAACUUGCCAUUCUUUUCUUUAGAUGUCUUCUGAGUCAAGCCUAUAGACUGUAUAGAAAAAAUAGACAAAGUGACCCUGACAUCUCCUGUUAGUUUAUAGACUGUUAUAUUGAAGUCUAGAGUGUGGAAUUUGGUCGUCGCCAUGUUGCUCUUUUAAAAUCUGUCAGGGGAACCCAAAAAAUACAAUGCAUAGUGAAAUGAUAUGGUCACAAGGUAGCCUCACCUUAAAACAUACCCUGCUUUAUCAUCUAUUUUACUCUAAAUGGAAUUGUGAUUUCCUUUUUUAAAAAAAACAUCAUUCUGUCUUUAAGGAGACUUGAAACUUGCUGUCGAGUCAUAAACAUACUAAAACAAACUUUAUUGAGGAAACAAAUCAAGUGAGAAGUAGGCUCAUUUUCCCAUAGACUUCGACGUAAUCAGAUUUUACACUGCCCGUCCAAAAAAAGAGUCGCACACUAAUAUUUCACUGGACUACCUUUCGCUUUGAGUAUGGCAUGCAUUCACUGUGGCAUUGUUUUGCUAAGCUUCUGCAAUGUCAUAGCCUUUAUUUCUGUCCAGAGUUGACUCAAUUCUCUACCAAGAUCUUGUAUUGAUGAUGUGAGAGUUGGACCACUCCACAAAGUCUUCUCCAGAACAUCCCAAAAAUUCUCAGUGGGGCUGAGGUCUAGACUCUGUGGAGGCCAAUCCAUGUGUGAAAAUGAUGUCUCAUGCUCCCUGAUCCACUCAUUCACAAUGUGAGCCCCAUGAAUACUGAUAUCAUCUUGGAACAUGUCCCUGCCAUCAGGGAAGAAAAACUCCAUUGAUGGAAAGACCUGGUCAUUCAGUAUAUUCAGGUCGUCAGCUGACCUCAUUCUUUGAUAACACAAUGUUGCUGAACCUGACCAACCCCAGAUCACAACCCUAACCACACCCGCCUCUCUUCUUACCCCGAUGUGCCCAUCACUUUGGAAAAGGGUAAAUCUGGACUCAUCAGACCACAUGACCUUCUUCCAUUGCUCCAGAGUCCAAUCUUUAUGCUGUAUCGCAAACUGAAGACUUUUUCCUUCUUCUUCUUGUUUUCUUAUAUGAUUUCACCAAACAUUUAAAUGAUCUCCAAUCAUGAUCAUUCAAUAGUUUGUUCCGAUCACAUUUCUUCCUUGAAGAUGAUGGUUCACCACUAUCCUUCUGGUUGUAAUGAUGCGUCGGACAGUUCUUUACCUGAUUUAAGCAGUUUCAGAAAUCUCCUUGGCUGUUUUCUUUGCUUGAUGCAGGCCAAUAAUUUGACCAUUAUGAGACAGAUUGACAACCUUUCCACAACCACAGGAUAUGUUUUCUGACACAGUUGUUGAAGAAAUGAGAAGCUCCUCAAUGCAUCAGGUAGGGUUAAAUAAGAUGUUGCACUUGAAACAUAUUCAUCAUUGCAAUAAUCAUCCAAUGGAAGGCUUUUACCUAUUUGCUUUGUUAAAUCCAGGUGGCAACUUUGUUUUGGACAAGCAGUGUAUUUUGUAUUCAGAGGAAUCACCCCGGUGGGCCUGGGAUCUUUCUGCAUGGAGUUUGCAUGUUCUCCCUGUGCAUGCGUGGGUUUUCUCCGGGUACUCCGGCUUCCUCCCACAGUCCAAAAACAUGCUGAGGUUAUUUGGUGACUCUAAAUUGCCUGUAGGUAUGAAUGUGAAAGUGAUUGUUCGUCUGUCUAUGUAGCCCUGCGACGGACUGGCGACCUGUCCAGGGUGUCCCCUGCCUUCGCCCGAGUCAGCUGGGAUAGGCUCCAGCACCCCCCGCGACAUUGUAUAGAGAAUGGAUGGAUGGAUGGAGGAAUCACCCCCUACUGGCUGUUAGAAAUAAUUCAGUUUUUUAAUACAGUCAAUGGACCAGUCCUUAUUAAAGCAGUAUUUUUAAUUCUAAGCCAGUUAUGAAAGAUCUCAAUGCCCUAAAUGCAGUGAUUCCUAAACCUUCAAAGGACCACAGGAGUGAGAGACCAAAUGCAGUUACAAACACAGGACAAUAUGCAACAAUAUCACACUGUUAGCUACUACCAGCAGAAUGUCGCAGUUGCUUGCCCAACAAAGGUCAGCUUCCAUUUCUACCAGCACAACUGAAUGAGUGCACCAGAGAAGACAGAAGGCUCUCCACAGGUCGCUUCAGUAAGAAAAAAUGAGAGAAACCUACAUGGAAGACUCCUCGUUUUGUAAAGUUGGUCUGCAGUUCUAAAUAAUACCAUACAUCAUUUGUCUAAACUAAACCGUAAUGUCAUUCCCAUUCUUGAUCUUUUGUAUAAUUUUAUUCUUUAACUGGUUAAAAUAAUGAUUAUGGGAUAGUUGUUACAUGUUAAACCAUAAAAAUAUAUCAGCACUUUUUAGUCCUUUU